AUGGAACUUGAAGAUGGUCGUUUCUUCAAAUAUCUUUUUAUGGUUGUUAGUCCAUGUGUUCGAGGAUUCUUAAACUGCAUUAGACCGGUUAUAGUUAUGGAUGGAACAUUCCUUAAGAACAAAUAUCGAGGUCAGUUGAUAGUUGUUGUUUGCUUGGAUGGUAACAAUCAAAUUUAUCCUCUUGCCUUUGGAGUGGUGGACAGAGAAACAGAUGCUUCAAUACAGUGGUUCUUAGAGAAAUUGAAAGGUGCAAUAGGAGAGGUGCCUAAUCUAGGCUUCGUGACAGAUCGAAAAACAUGUUUUUCUAAGUGUAUUGCAUCGGUUUUUCCCUCCGCAUUCCAUGGACUUUGUGUCCAACAUUUGACUCAAAAUUUGAAUGAUAAAUAUAAGAAUGACACAGUAGCUACUUUGUUUUACAAUGCAUCUAGAACAUAUCGUGAAUCAACGUUCUCAGAAGCGUGGAGAAGUAUUCUUGCAUUUCCAAAUGGUUUAGGAAAUUAUUUAAAUGACGUUGGAAUAACACGAUGGUCUUGUUUUCACUAUCCAGGAAGACGAUAUAUUAUGAUGACAACAAAUAUAGCAGAGUCCAUGAAUUCUAUACUGAAAGAACCUAGAGAUUUUCCUAUUGCUUCAUUCCUUGAACAUGUUCGAGUUUUGCUACAACGUUGGUUUUGGGAGUGUCGAGAAGAAGGCAUUAAAGUAACGUCUACAUUGACUAAAUGGGCAGAGUUAUAUCUACAAAAGAAACAAGAACGAGCUUUGACAAUGAAGGUCAACCCAAUUGAUUGUUACCAAAUCCAUGUUAAAGAUUUAGAUAAAGAGGAGGUCGUAAAUCUUCAUACUCAAGAGUACACUUGUAAGGAGUUUCAAGCUAAGCAACUACCAUGCGCACAUGUCAUCGUUGUAGCACGAGAUCGCAAUAUAAAUGUUUAUAGCUUAUGUGCUAACUAUUAA